AUGGCGUCCAUCGGAGAGAUCCUUCUCAACACCCUCUCGCCCGAUCAGCAGAUUCGUGAGGCGGCCACCACCCAGCUCGAGACUGCUGCCAGCGAAGACUUUAAACAAUAUGUGGUCAUGCUGUGCCAGGAGCUCAGCAACGAUCAAAGUCAGGCUCGUAUCCCUGCUGGUUUGGCUCUCAAGAACGCACUGACUGCAAGGGAAUCCGUGCGCCGUGGAGAGAUGUCUGCCCGUUGGAUGAACAUUGAUGAGCCAACCCGAGCACAGAUCAAGGCCCUGGUUUUAGCUACUCUUGCCACCGCAGAUAUCCGUGCCGGUGCUGUCACUGCUCAGGUCGUUGCCGCUAUUGCCGCUAUCGAGCUGCCCUUGGGACAAUGGGAGGAUGUUAUUCGUCUGAUGCUCCAGAACUUGCAGACAACCGAUAAUACCAACUUGAAGCAGUGCACUUUGCAGGCCAUCGGUUUCGUUUGCGAAACUAUUCACCGUGAUAUCUUGACUGCUCAAGCCAACAACAUUCUGACGGCAGUCGUGCAGGGCGCUCGCAAGGAAGAGCCAAGCGAAGCUGUGCGUUUAGCGGCUAUUAGCGCACUGUAUAACUCUUUGGAGUUUGUCGAGGAGAACUUCAGGAGAGAGGGCGAGCGUAACUACAUCAUGCAAGUUGUCUGCGAGGCCACUCAGAGCCAGGAUGUUCAGGUCCAGAUCGCAUCAUUCGAAUGCUUGGUUCGCAUUAUGCAGCUCUACUACGAGUUCAUGCCCUUCUAUAUGCAGAAGGCCCUGUUUGGUCUUACUGUCCAGGGAAUGCAGCACGAGAAUGAGCGUGUUGCUUUGCAGGCCGUCGAGUUCUGGUCGACUGUUUGCGAGGAAGAAAUUGAUCUGGAGGGCAUGAGACAGGAAGCUUAUCAAAACGGAACAGAGCCCGAUCAGAUCAAUUACAACUUUGCAAAGGCUGCCCUGCCAGAGACUCUGCCCGUUCUUUUGCAGCUCAUGGCCAAGCAGGAUGAGGAUGAUGAGGAGGACGACUGGAACCUUUCCAUGGCCGCUGGCACCUGCUUGUCGUUGACUGCUCAGUGCGUUGGUGAUGCUAUCGUGGCCCCUGUCAUCCAGUUUGUUGAAGCCAACAUCCGUAAUACCGAGUGGCAGUUCCGCGAAGCUUCUGUCAUGGCUUUUGGAUCUAUUUUGGAGGGACCUUCUUCGAAUUUACUCAUUCCGCCUGUUGCCCAGGCACUGCCUUAUUUGAUCGAGAUGAUGAAUGACCCUGUGAUUAAGGUCAAGGAUACCACUGCCUGGACACUCGGACGUGUGUCGCAGUCAUCGGUCGAAUGUAUUAAGCCCGAUGUCCAUCUUCAACCCUUGAUCGAGGCCCUUGUCCGCGGCUUGGAAGAUUCUAACAGGAUCGUGUCGAACUGCUGCUUGUCCUUGAUGAACUUGGCUGAGCAGUUGGAGGGUGAACAGGGACCUGACUCGCAGACCAGUCUCAUGUCACCCUUUUUUGAUGGUAUCAUCACUGCGCUCAUGCAGAUCACGGGUCGUAACACCAACGAAGCAUUCUCCCGCACCUCUGCCUAUGAAGCUAUUUCGAUUAUGGUUACGCAUAGCGCCAGGGAUACCUUCCCCACGAUUUCGGCACUUUCGACCACCAUCUUGGACCGGUUGGAGCAGAGCAUUGCUGUUCAGAACCAGAUUGUCGGCAUCGAUGAGCGCAAUAGCCACAGUGAACUCCAAUCCAACAUUUGUAGUGUCUUGACCAACAUCAUCCGCCGCGUCGGCAAGGACAUUGCACCCAUGGCGGACCGUAUCAUGACGGUGUUGUUGCAGCUGUUGAGCUCUGCUUCGAAGCACUCGACUAUCCUUGAGGAUGCAUUCUUGGCCAUUGGCGCUUUGACCACUGCCUUGGAGGCUGAGUUCGCACGCUACCUGGAGACGUUUGCGCCCUUCCUUUUCAACGCGCUUCAGAACCAUGAGGAGUACCAGCUUUGCUCGAUCGCAGUGGGUCUGAUUGGCGAUAUCUGCCGCGGUUUAGGAUCACAGUCAGCCUCAUACUGCGACAAUUUUAUGACGACCCUGUUGCAGAACCUGCAGAGCCCCGUCCUUCAUCGCAAUGUCAAGCCGGCUAUUCUUUCCUGCUUUGGAGAUAUCGCUUUGGCCAUUGAGGGUCAAUUUGGCAAUUAUCUGGAUGUGACCAUGACUGUCCUCGCACAGGCCUGCAACCUCAGAGCUGGACCCGCUGACUAUGAUAUGAUUGACUAUGUGAACCAACUUCGUGAGGGCAUUGUUGAUGCAUAUGUCGGCAUUGUCCAAGGACUCAAAGCUGGCGAGCGCUCGGCUCUGCUGGCCCCCCACCUUCCGCAUGUGUUUGAGUUCUUGAGCACGGUCUAUAACGAUCCCGAGAGAUCCGACAAUGUGUUGCGCAGCAUGAUUGGUCUUAUUGGUGAUUUGGCAGACUCAUUCCCCAACGGCGAGAUCAAGCAGUUCUUGCUCAACGACUGGGUUGGACAGUGCUUGAAGGAAGGACGAAGCAGCCGAAACUCGACGACAACUAAGGAGGUUGCACGUUGGGCAAAGGAGAUGGUCAAGCGUGCCACUGCGUAA